AUGCAUCAUCUCAUAAAUAUCCUCACUGAUGGGAAGACCUUCUUCUCUCCCAUCAAGAGCGAGAAUUUAAAGCGUGUUUUGGAUGCUGGCUGCGGGACUGGAAUAUGGUCCAUCGAAAUGGGAGACAAGUAUCCCGGAGCGGAGAUUCUUGGCAAUGAUCUCAGUCCGGUGCAGCCGUCAUGGGUGCCACCCAAUGUCAAGUUCGAGGUCGAUGAUCUCGAAGCGCCGUGGAAUCAUCCAACGCCCUUCGAUCUCAUUUUCUGUCGGUACCUUGAUGGAGCCAUUUCUGACUGGCCUACUCUUAUAUCCAACAUGUUCAACCAUACCAGGCCAGGAGGCUGGGUUGAGCUCCAAGGCUAUGACGCGCAAUAUAGGUCCGACGACGGCACUUUGAAGGCUGAAUCGUAUCUCAACCAGUAUGUGGACACGAUAGACAAAGGAAUCUCCAAAAUGGGCAAGGUGCUGUCCACUGGCCCGCUUUUCGAGGGGUUACUGAAAGAUGCUGGGUUUAUCAACAUUCACAUCCACACAUACAAGCUCCCCAUUGGCACGUGGCCAAAGGACAAGAAGAUGAAAGAGGUCGGCACUAUCAACACAUUGCAGUACCUUGAAGGCAUGGAAGCAUUCUCAUACCGCCUGUUGACCUCUGUCUUGGACUGGAAACUCGAAGAGGUGCAAGUGUUCAAUGCCAAAGUUGCGGAGGAGAUCAAGAGCAACAAGGUCCAUGCAUACUACACUCUCUACGUUGCUUACGGACAGAAACGGAAGGACGAUGAAGAAUAA